CUGAGAAGAGGAGGUGCCGGAGAGAGACAGAGUGAGGGAGAGCGAGAGAGGAGAAAGUGUGUAUGUAGGCAUGCAAGAAGUGAGAAUCAGGGGAAGGAGUGACAGGCAAGAGGGAAAGGGACGCAAGGUGCUUUUGCUCAUCUCACCACUGACACACUCCCCGCCAACACACACACUGAAGGAACUACACCCUCACGCUCUACUAUAGCAGUGAGCUCAUACACGUGUGUGUCUGUGUGUGUGAGUGUGUUUCCUGCGCUUGGAGCAAGUGGAAAGGGGGGGGGAUCUCUGAGGAUACACGGAUGAGAGAGAGGAGUGGGGGAAGCCAAGGAAGAGGAGCCCGAGUGUGUUUCGCCCCGGGGGGAAGCUCGCACACACACCGCAGACGGCGCACACACUCCGGCGGGCACUCGGCACCGUUUCCCUGACAACUAGAAUGGGCUGCAAUUUGUGCACCUUGCAGAAACGGGAGGAACACUACAAACUGCUGUAUGAGAUUGCACAGGUGAAUGCACGUGACUUCUCCAAGGUCGACCAUGACGAGGCAGUGGUGGAGGCCAUCAGGCGUGACCCCAUCGUCGUCCAGGUUCUCCGGAGAACCCCCACCAGAGCCGCGGCUGCAUGUGGACGCAGCGACGGCGGCACGCCGCAGGACGUGUGCGUGGUGGACGUCUGCACGCAAACGGACAUCACCUUCGAGCACAUCAUGGCACUAGCGAAGCUUCGGCCUGCUACCCCGCCCGUCCCUGACAUCUGUCCCUUCCUUCUGUCCGACAGUUGCCAUUCCAUCCACACUAUGGAGCACGAGUUUUAUGAAUGUCCAGAGUACCUGUCCAAUACCCCAGCUGAGGUGGAGAGGACUGAAGAGUAUGAGUACGAGGAGGUGGAGCUGUGCAGGCAGAACAGCCAGGAGAAGCUUGGCUUGACGCUGUGCUACAGGACCGACGAUGAGGAGGACACCGGCAUCUAUGUCAGCCAGGUGGAGCCAAACAGCAUAGCAGCCAGAGAUGGACGUAUCAAGGAAGGAGAUCGUAUUCUACAGAUUAAUGGCUGUGAAGUGCAAGACAGAGAGAAAGCCGUUGCCUUGCUGUCAAGUGAAGAAGCCAGGAGCAUCAUACUACUGGUGACAAGACCAGAAAUCCAGCUGGAGGAUGAGGUAUGGCUUGAUGAGGAGCAGCAGCAACUUGUGGAGGAGCUGAAGAUGGAGAUCCUGGAGGAGAGGAGGAAGCAGAGGGAACGCAACUUUGACAGGGGAGAUGAGCAUCAAGCUGAAGAAGAGAUGACCACAGAUACCGCUACCUGUUCCUCCAACAAUCAAGACAAAGACAGCGGGUUUGGACGCAGCACGGACAGUCCGGAGCACCAACCUUUGCUCGCUAGACUCAACAGGAGGACCCCUGCUCAUUGCCUGAGGGACCGAUGGCGAGCAGAGCAUCCACACACAAGACGAGGGACUGUAGUGCCGCAGGACACCCAGGGUCCGAGGACAUUGUCCAAAGGCCAAGGCAAUGAAGGUGUAGUCAGUAUUCGCAAUGGUGGAGGUGGGAUCCUAGGUUUAGAGAAUCGCUUCCAACAGCUCUUGGAGCUCAAGUGUCAAAUCAGGAAUGGAGGCGAGUGUGGGGUGUACUCCAUUCGACACAGUAUAGAGUGUAGUCUCACUGAGCAGGGAGGAGGGGAUGUAGAUGAUGUAGAUGGUGUUGGAGGAGAGAAUGGAGUGGAGCAGGAGUUGCGGAUGCUAAAUGAGGAACUGCGCAACAUUGAGCUCGAGUGCCAGAGCAUCAUGCAAGCGCAUCAGCUCCGCCAGGCCAACCAGCUUAACGCCUCACAACCCGCAUCCUCACCCGGACGGAGCCCCAAAGACAAGCGGCAUGGCAGGUUGGCCGACAUCCACGAAUACCCGGAAAGGUCGGACAGCGAUAAGAUCCGUGAGAAGGACAGCUCCAGUGCCUACAACACAGCGGAGAGUGCACGGUCGACACCUCUAGGCAUGGAGAGAUCUCCCGAUCACUCACUGCAGAGACACAUCAGCAUCACCAACCAGAAAAACCUCAGACUGGCUUCCUCUACACCCUCCAUCCCCAUCCCUAUCCCCAAGCCCCAGAGUGCACCCAGUCACAGCAGACCAGCAGACCCAGGCUCUGUUAUCUCCAGCAGCCCAGACCAGAGCAACCCCUCCCGGUCUGAGUCGGAUCCUGCCCUUCCUGCAGAUGAUGAGAGGUGUGAAAAAAAAGGGAGGACCAGAGAUUCCAGGAGGGGGCUUCCCUAUGGAUCUUCUUAUCAGACAACCCCCUAUACAGGCCAGGGAGGAUCCCGGCAGCUUCAGAGCUACAUGCAGCUGCUACAGCAGCACUCAUCCCUGGAGUACUCCCAAAGCCAGCUGAGCCUGCUCAGUGUCUGUCGAGAUCCCGGGAACCGGAGUGGGCGCUCUGGGGAACCCCGUCUAGAGUGGAAGGUCAAAGUUCGUGCGGAUGGCACACGUUACGUAGCCCGGAGGCCUGCUCGUGACCGCAUUUUGAGAGAACGAGCGCUAAGGAUCCGAGAGGAGAGGAGCGGAGGUAUGACCACAGAUGACGACGCUAUGAGCGAGAUGAAGAUGGGCCGUUACUGGAGCAAGGAGGAGAGGAAGCAGCACUUGGCACGUGCCAGGGAGCAGAGGAAGAGGAGGGAGUUCAUGCAAAAGAGCCGCCUUGAGUGUCUAAAAGAGGGGCCGGCCAGUGGAGCCGAGGGCAGGAAGGAGAUCAGUAUCUUGGAGCUAAGUCACAAAAAGAUGAUGAAGAAACGGAACAAAAAGAUCCUGGAUAACUGGAUGACCAUCCAGGAGCUCAUGAGCCAUGGGGCGAGAGUCCCUGAAGGCUCAAAAGUACAUAAUGCCUUCCUAUCUGUCACAACCGUCUAGAGGACACAUACAGAUCUACAAAACACUUUAAUAUCAGGUAGCCUGCAUUUCAGGAACUACUGCUUUAUGUAAAAUAAAUGUCAGUUUGUGAAAAGAAAAAUGACUCUGCUGAGGACUUCUGUAGCAUCCUGGAGGCGACUUUGUAACUAUCACAUUACGAAUGUCUGAAAACUAUCAUUACAAAAAACUCAGCCUUUCAAAACAUGACUUUUCACUGUUUUUACACUGGCUUUUUGGUAACGCACUGGCUUCUGACAGCAGAUGACUUUGGUAGCAAAUUGGUUCAAAAUGAAGUCACGAACCAAAACGUUAACUUCAUGUACACUGUGUAUCGUGAUUCCAUAUUCUCCACUCUUCUGUUUCAUUGUAUAUGAAGCGACUCCACUUGCCUCCUUCGAGGCGGCAUUUUUUUAUAAUGGGGAAAAAAACAAUAUUUUUCACACUUUAUAAACUCGGUAACUUUUUGUAAUGAAUUUUUUCUACACUGAAUGUCAAUGUACUGUAAACAUUUUAUUGUAAUUUCUUAUUUAUGUUCCUAUCACCAAACCCAUCAAGGUCAGAAUUGACACUACUUGAUUGUACUGUAGUCUGCGUUGUAUGCCAGACCUACACAAAGAGACGACAGGAGACACUCCGUGAGAGAAGAAAUCCACAUUUCAAACAACCCCUUACCCGAGAAGUUCAGAGCACUCAAAUUGAAGCACUGGAAGUAUCAUUAUGCUAUCUCUGAAACUCAUAUUAUUCAUGAGCUUGGAGGGCUUUACUUUUUUAAACAGUUUUACCUCAACUUACAGUCACAACUCUGAUUUAUCAAGUGGUAGAACAUCUGGUUAAUUCAAACAUUGACUCAAACAGUCCUCAGGUCAUACCUGAACCAUUACUAUGAACCAUAACUGUGUGAAUUAUGUUUAAAAUGUGAAAUAGAUUCAUAUUUAUAUUGUUUACUGUUAUUUCUAUUUAUUGUAAAUUAAUUUUUAUGGUCCGUCUGAUAAAUAUUUCGCAUUAAGUGGCUACCCUUGAAAGGCCAACAUGUUUCAAGGCAUUGUCAAGAAAAUGUAUCAUAUUGCAGCAUUUCAAAUUAAAUCCGCUGCUUUUCACUGUAAAGCUCAUUGAAGAGGCCUUGAGUUCAGUAUUUGUU